AGUGCGCAUGCGCCGCGUCGGCGUGCGGAACGUCGCGGUCUGUUGGCGCUUUUGCGCGCGGAAAGAUGGCGGAACAGGCUACCAAGUCCGUGCUGUUUGUGUGUCUGGGUAACAUUUGUCGAUCACCCAUUGCAGAAGCAGUUUUCAGGAAACUUGUAACUGAUCAAAACAUCUCAGAGAAUUGGAGGGUAGACAGCGCGGCGACUUCCGGGUAUGAGAUAGGGAACGCCCCUGACUACCGAGGGCAGAACUGCAUGAAGAGGCACGGCAUCCCCAUGAGCCACGUUGCCCGGCAGAUUACCAAAGAAGAUUUUGCCACGUUUGAUUAUAUACUAUGUAUGGAUGAAAGCAAUCUGAGAGAUUUGAAUAGAAAAAGUAAUCAAGUUAAAACCUGCAAAGCUAAAAUUGAACUACUUGGGAGCUAUGAUCCACAAAAACAACUUAUUAUUGAAGAUCCCUAUUAUGGGAAUGACUCUGACUUUGAGACGGUGUACCAGCAGUGUGUCAGGUGCUGCAGAGCGUUCUUGGAGAAGGCCGACUGAGGCAGGUUCAUGCCCUGCUGUGGCCAACCUGACUAGACCCCACCCUGAGGUCCUGCAUUCUCAGUCAGUGUGUAAUCAUGUUCCAGAGCCCAAAGGCCCAGCUGUUUGUUCAGUUGACUUACUGUUUCUUACCUUAAAAAAUAUUGUAGAUGGAAAUCAGUUAUGUUUGGCAGAAGAAUCAAUAAAAUUAUUUGAUUCUGACAGUUUAUGGGGUAUAUUAAGCAUUCUUAGACUAGUUGAACAUCUCACUUUGCCCCAAUUACAAAAAUAGUAGAACAAGCAACAUAAAACAUAAUGAAGGAAAACCUCACUUGAAGGCCCAGGUCAGCAUCUAAGCCCGCUGAGACUUAGAUAGUCAAGUCUACCUCUUCAGUAGGUUCGUGUGGAUGGCCUGAUGGGGGGCAGGUGCCCUCUGCUCCCUGUGCUACCUCUCUCUUGCCCAGGGCCUUUUAUGGAUUGACAGUAGCCCUCUCCAUAGGAGCUCACAGUCUAGAUUAGAAGUAUUUUAAUUUAUACACACCCAUAGUGCACACUUGUAUAUUGAAAAGAUAGGGAAGAGAGAAACAUUUAUGGAAACAGUCGUUAGCACCUUCAAUACUUCAUGAUUUUUGUCGAGUUUACUUCAUGAGGAGGUCAGCUCCUUUGCUCCCAUCUGAACCACUUUGCCUCUGAAACUUAAUUAUAUCCAGAAAGAAGGACGCUUGUAUGCUAGUCUAACUAUGGUCAGUUGAGGAAUAUGACACUUUUUAUAUGCACAUGUAACCCAAAUGUCCAAUAUAAAUUGGCUUAUUUUUAAAAAUAAUUUUAAAAGUUGGGAAACGCUUUAUUAUUUGGCAUGCUUAAAUAUUAAGUAUUCUUCAUCAGCAUUUAAUAAAUGUAUAGGCAGAUAUAGGUAAUUUCUGUGUAUUGAGAUAAUGUCGAAAUCAUGAGUAUUUCAAAAUAAACUGGGGAGUUAUAAAAAUACAACUAGAGAUGUA